AUGUCCUCCACUGGGUUCUCACCCCUGGACUCUGAGCUUCUGGAAGCAGGGUUCUUCUUGCUGCAGAGGGCCUGGCCACAUGAGGGUGGUCAGGACAAGCCCUUGCUGUCGGCCUGGCCCAGCCCUGUGAUGUCUCCAGGCGUGACUCUUUGGUGUCACUCUUAUCUUGGGUUUAACAGAUUCAGUCCGUACAAGGAAGACGGGGUACCUGUCCCUGAGCCCUACAACAGAAUAUUCUGGAACAGCUUCCUCAUGGGCACUUAUCCCACACAUGCAGGGACCUACAGAUGUGGGGGUUCACACCCGCACUCCCCCAAUGGGUGGUCGCCUCCCAGCAACCCCCUGGUGAUCACGGUCACAGGAGUCCACAGAAAACCUUUCCUCCUGGCCCUCCCAGGUCCGCUGGUGAAAUCAGGAGAGACGGUCACCCUGCAGUGCUGGUCAGAUAUCAAGUUUGAGCACUUCCUUCUGCACCGAGUGGGGAAGCUUGAGGAGCCCUUGCAUCUCAUCGGAGAGCUCCAUGACGGGGGCUCCAAGGCCAAUGUCUCCAUCAGUCCAGUGACACCUGCCCUGGCAGGGACCUACCAAUGCUACGGUUCUGUCACUCACUCCCCCUAUGAAUGGUCAGCUCCCAGUGACCCCCUGGACAUCGUGAUCACAGGUCUAUAUAGGAAACCUUCUCUCUCAGCCCAGCCGGGCCCCACAGUUCACGCAGGAGAGAACGUGAUCUUGUCCUGCAGUUCCCAGAGCUCGUUUGACAUGUACCAUCUAUCCAGGGAGGGGGAGGCCCGUGAACUUAGACUCCCUGCAGUGCCCAGUGUCCAUGGAACGUUCCAGGCCGACUUCCCUCUGGCCCAUGGAGGGACCUACAGAUGCUUCGGCUCUUUCCGUGCCCCAUCCUUCGAGUGGUCAGACCUGAGUGACCCACUGCCCGUUUCUGUCACAGGUUCUUGGCACCUUUGUCAAAGUCCAUCAGAUGGGCUGGGCACAGUGGUUCACACCUGCAAUUCCAGCACUUUGGGAGGCCGAGGGAACCCUUCAAAUGGUUGGCCUUCACCCGCUGAACCAAGUUCCAAAACUGGUAUCCCCAGACACCUGCAUGUUCUGAUUGGGACCUCAGUGGUCAUGAUCCUCUUCACCAUCCUCUUCUUCUUUCUCCUGCAUCGCUGGUGCUCCAAUGAAAAGGAUGCUGCUGUAAUGGACCAAGAGCCUGCAGUGGAAAGAACAGUGAAUCCGGAGGACUCUGAUGAACAAGACCCUCAGGAGGUGACAUACGCACAGUUGGAUCACUGCGUUUUCACACAGGGAAAAAUCACUCGCCCUUCUCAGAGGUCCAAGAGACCCCCAACAGAUACCAGCGUGUACAUAGAGCUUCCAGAUGCUGAGUCCAGAUCUAAAGUUGACCACAGUCAGGCCUUGAGGGGGUCCUCCAGGGAGACAACAGCCCUGUCUCAAACCCAGCUUGCCGGUUCCAAUGUACCAGCCGCAGGAAUCCGAAGGUGUGAGUCUACAUCUUAGGGCGUCGCUCUUCCUCACACCGCGAAUCUGAACGUGCCUCUCUCUCGCUUACAAAUGUCUAAGGUCCCCACUGCCUGCUGCAGAGAAAACACACUCCUUUGCUUAGCCCACAAUUCUCCAUUUCACUUGACCCCUGUCCACCUCUCCAACCUACUGGCUUACUUCCUAGUCCUACUGGAGGCUGCAGUCACACUGAGGAACUCACAAUUCCAAACAUACGAGAGGCUCCCUCUUAACACGGCACUUAGACAUGUG